AUCUGUUUCUUUGAUGCCUAUUUGUUUGUAAAUUUGUUUGAUUUCAGUAAAAUUAAAAUUAAAAUUGGUAGGUUUUUAUUCUAAGUUGGGGUUCUUCGCUAUUUUCUGAUUAGAGGGUGAAAAUAUGGAGUUUGCUGUUUUAAUCAAAUUUAAGAAAUGCAGUAUAAGAAAAAAGAAGGGAAAAGAUGGUGGAUGUUUUUCAGGCAGAACACAAUGACGACGUGUUUGAGACUUCUUAUUCACAUAUUUGGGAUUCAUACUCUUCUUCCAUUUGGGCAUACUUGUGGCCCGAGUGAAUAUGAAUCACAUGGAGGAGAAUGUUGUCCAAUGUGUAAUAUAGGGUCAGUGGUUUCCCAAGACUGCACUGGAGAUUCCAGUACCACUUGCAAUCUCUGUAGUCAAGGAACAUAUAUGAAUCAACCAAAUGGCCACUAUGAAUGCUUAUCUUGCAAAAACUGUGAUCAAAGUCAAGGCCUGUACAUCCAGAGCAAAUGUACCACAAUAAGAAACACCAUCUGUGAUGUGCUUGAUGGAUAUUACUGCAUUGAAUACCACAAUUCAGAAUGCAUCUAUACUCGAAAUCAUAGUGUAUGUAGACCAGGUCAAGAAACAAAAUUAGGUACAAAGAGAUCAGAUACAGUAUGUGUGGACUGUGAUAAUGGGUUUUAUUCUUCAUUAGGUUUGAACUGCAAGAAAUGGACAGACUGUGCCACCAGAAAUGAAAUUGAGACAGCAGACGGCAGUUCUAUUAAAGAUGUCACAUGUGCACAGAAAACAAGGGCAAGAUAUGGCCUCAUAGUAGCUCUAGGUCUUGCAGCUUUUCUUACUGUUCUGACCAUAUUCCACUGCACAAGGUCAGAAGUUCCACAGCUUGAUACAGGUCCUGAACUGCAAAAUGUUUUGCAUUCUCCUAUUCAAGAAACAAACUCUACAUUAAUAACAUCAUGGGACAAACUGGAGGAAAUCACAGAAGGAGAGGAAAUAACAAAUGUAACCUAAAAUGUUCAGCCUCGUAUCAAUCUCUUAUCCCUUCACUGGUCACUCCAUUAUGAAAUACAUAUAAUGAGAGAGGAGGGUGCAGAGUUUGUAAUCCUCUCUGAUUGCUGUGACAUUGACCAAAAUCCCUUUCAAGGCAAGUCAGUUCACUCGGCAGCCAUCGUUGGAACACUCCUGAGCAGGCUGGGCAGCUAUUUUGUAUGUAAACAAUCAGCAUAAAAGUACAGCAGAGACAAACUCCUGACACUACAACAAUUUCAUAUUUUAUUUGUAUUGUAUUUACACUAUGUAUUUGAAGUUUGUUAUAUAAAAAAAAAAAAAAUUAGGCUGUAGUUUUAUACAGAAAAAAAAACAUACCAAAAUAUUUAUAAAGGCACCUAAAAUCAAAUCACAAAGAUGACAAAAACAGACAGCAUCUAGUGUUGCUUAAAUAUACUGCAAACUAUAAAUAAGACGCAUAACACAAGGUGCUUGGGUAUCACAACAAAGUUUCAAUAAAAUAUGACAGAAAUUUGCAAUACAUAUUAAAAGGGAAAAAAGGUAAGAGCAAACAAAGAUGCUGUGCAAAAUAAAUAAAUUUCUUAUACAUUU